GUUUCAUUCUGAAAACCUUUUAAGAUGUGUGACCAAGAAUUCAGGACUCUCCGCUUUGAUCCCAGGUUUCCUAACCAGAAUCAGACAAAUGCAUGCUACAUGAACUACUGCGACUACUACCGCUGCAAGCGGCUGCUUGGUGACGUGGACGAUUGCAAGAUCUUCAAGCGCUACUUCGAGACCAUAUGCCCCAACUUCUGGAUCGAGCACUUCGAUGAGUUGCGAGAGAAAGGGGCUUUCCCUGGACGCAUAUAGUUACACGUCGUAAAUGUAUACGUCUGUAACGCGUACCUAGUGCUACAAUUAUCGUCGUUAAUUUAAAUUUUUGUAACAAAUGAAUGGAAUUAAAUUCAAAAUUAUUUCUUA